GGCGAGCGGGACUCCGGUGAAGCAGACCCGGAGGGCGAGAGCCAAGGCCAAACAGGCCGUGAAACUACGGAACUCAGCGAAGGGAAAAGUACCUAAGUCCGCAUUAGGUGAGCUGGGAAAGAAGACUCCGAGUGCUUCGCAGGAUUUGGGGCAGCGCCUUCGAGUUGGUGUUCCAGAAGUUACCCGAGAUUCAACAAGGAAAAGAUAAAAAGUGUUAAAAUGGUGGGGGACAGGUUUCGAGCCCAGGGAAUCUAAUUUCCAUGUCUGGGCUCUUAGCUGUGUUUCUUUGCUGCUAUCUGCUAUGUAGCCGUCAACAGAUUGAGGGAAAGAGGGGAAAACCUGGUAGUGGUGGCAUUCCCUGUAAUCCCUGCCCUUGGGAGGUGGAGGCAGGAGAAUCAGAAGUGCUGUUACUUUCCUGACUACCUGAUGAGUUCAGGGCAAGACCUGAUCGUGGGAGCAAAUGAAACGCAAGAUCCAGCCCUAGUGAGCUCUAACCUUAGCGGGGAGAGAAGCAUCAGCAGGUUUUUGCCAAGUGCGUGAGGCUUGUGAGAUAAAAGACUCUAGAGUGCACCGAGGGAGAAUCAAACUAACAAGCCAAAUUGGAAGAAAUGUUAAGGCUGAGCACCUGAGAGAGUGUAAGAGCUGCCAGGUAAAAAGGAGGGUUGCUUUACCCAGAAAGGCAUGAGAAUUUGGAAGAAAGAAGGCUAAUGGGUAAUAAGUCAUGAGCAAGAGUCAAGACGGAGUAUAUCAGUCAGGGAUAGAGGGCUGGCUCAAUGGUUAAGAGCACUUGAUGCUCUUGCAGAGGAUCUGGAGCUCCCGAAACCCACAUGGCUGGCUGCACACAGUUCCCUGUAACUUCAGGUCCGGGAAUUAGAUACCCUUUUCUGACUCCACAGACCCUCACUUGGGGUGCACAUACAUAUACUUAAGCACGAAUGAGUGGGUAUAUAAAUGAAGCAUUCAGCCAACAGUUAGCCUGAGCACCGUCAAAGUGUUGACUCAUUUGACCCUCACAGCAGCCCUGUGAGGUGAGCAAUUAUAGAAACAGGCGCCUGCCCAGGUGGUGCAAGUGGAAGUGAGGCAGUGUGUCCCUGUGCUGUCGUUCUUAAUGUGCUCUGCUCAGGUGACAGUGCCUUCCAUCACAGUAGGGAUAGCAGAGAAGUGAGUUGAUGUGCUUUACCGGUGAACUGUCUGCAAAGCAGAAGGCUUGUUUCAAAUAGAGCAUCUUAGGGGAUGUGGCUCAGUAAGACUUGAGAAGGGACACAGGAUGGUUAUACUGCUUUCUUCUUUGACUCCAUGGGCUCUAUAAAGGGAGCUGAGGUGUUUGGGUUUCAUUGUUUGUUUCUCCCAGCUUGGGCGAUGGUGGUGUUGUUUUGACUUAGUUUGUUUUGACAAGAUCUCGCCCUGUGCCUCAGGCUGGCCUGGACCUCACUGUGCAGCACAGGCUAACCAUGAACUUAAAUGUCUUCCUGUUUCAGCUUCCUAAGCGCUAGGAUGAUAGGCAUGCACCACCACACCCAUGUGAGCCCUUCUUAAAAGGUUUGAAGUUCAAGAGGAAACAUGGAGCAGUUUUCCUGUCUCAGCCUCUCCAGUACUGGCAUCACAGCUGAGUACCAGAAACGGCAGUGUCAAGACCACCUCAGAGCAAACCUGAAGUUUAUGACCAGCAUGAGAAGCACCGUGCCCGAGUCUGUGACCCAGCAGAUUCUGCAGCAGAACCAAGGCCGAAAAGCAUGUGAUCGGCUAGUGGCCAAGAUGAACAAGAAGAAGAAGAAGAAGGCUGAGGGCACUGUAUUCACUGACGAAGACUUCGAGAAGUUCCAGAGGGAAUAUUUUGGCAGCUAGACUUCCUGCGGAAAUGAAUGGUGGGGACAAAAGGCACUAAUCUCCUUUGACUGCCAUAUCUCUGCUGUCCUGUGUCCCUGCAGUGCUGUGCCGUGGGCGACCAGCAGGUGGCAGUGCAAAUCUAGCCUGGCUCAGGAAGCCAUAUGCUUCUAUCCGAGGGACACUGGAACAGAGCCGCAAGGCCUCCAGCAAAUUUUCCCUCAGACUGAAGUGGACUUCUGUUUGGGCAGAGCCGUCAGCACCCUGCCAGAAAAGAUUCUGCCCUGUCGGCUCUCACGAGGAUCAGGUGUGGGCUGAGCAGGAACUUGGCCUGCUCAGACCACACCUCAAGCUGUAAUUCGGCUGUUAGGUUCGAAUAAAUGUGGAUUUGGGCAAA